AUGGAUCCUAACAGCCUUCCAAUUUCUAGUCCUGGUAGUUACGGACUACAGCCGCCAUCCGCAACGCUGCAAAUAAAUUCCGCAGCCGCUCGGCCUAAUCAAUCACGGAGUUUCCAUAACUGUAUUACCCGUUUGAUGCUGUUACUUGUUAUGUCAUUUCUUACAUUAAGCUUUGUCAGCGCCGUCAUAUGGCUUGUCAUUGAUCCGCAUGAUCCCACUUUCGGACUCAACUCUCUCUGCAUAUCCAACAUCACCCUUUCUGAUAGUCAAUUUACUGCAAAUUAUGACAUAGAAUUCUCUGUAAAUAAUACAAACAAGAAGGUAAACCUUGUCAUUGACGAUGUCAAAGUUACUGUGUCCUACGGAAGAGCCAUCAUCUCGCUGAGAGUUUUGGAAGCAAUUAGCGUCUCCGUUCCAAAGACGACUCAGGAAAAGUUGAUGGUAGUUUUAGACAGGCACUCGGUUCACUCGAUCAAAAACAGGGUGUUCAAGGAAAUAAGUGAUGAUUGGAGCAAAAAGAUUGUCAAUUUCAAUGUCGGAUUAUUUGUCAGAACUAAAUACGAUCUUGGCGUUUGGCCUACCAAGAAGAGAUUUUUCCAUGUUUCGUGUCUGGCUUUAACUGUUGAAUUCCUAUCUACCAAGAGGACAGGGAAGCUCAUGAGUGCAGCGAAAGGCUGCUCACUUCAUUUGAAUUGA